GCAACAAUUGGCAUUGACUUCUUAUCGAAAACCAUGUAUUUGGAGGAUCGAACAAUCAGGUUGCAGCUGUGGGAUACUGCGGGUCAGGAACGUUUCCGUAGCCUCAUUCCCAGUUACAUCCGUGACUCUGCUGCUGCUGUAGUAGUUUACGAUAUCACAAAUGUCAACUCGUUCCAGCAAACAACAAAAUGGAUCGACGACGUCAGAACGGAACGGGGCAGCGAUGUCAUCAUUAUGCUGGUGGGAAAUAAAACAGAUCUAGCAGAUAAGAGGCAAGUGUCCAUUGAGGAAGGAGAAAGAAAAGCCAAAGAGCUGAAUGUAAUGUUCAUUGAAACUAGUGCAAAAGCAGGAUACAAUGUAAAACAGCUUUUCCGACGCGUGGCAGCUGCCUUGCCUGGAAUGGAAAGCACACAAGACAAAAGUAGAGAAGACAUGAUUGACAUCAAACUGGAAAAGCCUCAAGAGCAGCCUGUCAGUGAAGGAGGCUGCUCCUGCUAAUACGGCGUGGCUUCCGACUUCCUCCAGAACAUCACUGCUUUCCCUCCCUUUACUCUUCAUUGACUGCAGUGUGAAUAUUGGCUUGAACCUUCCCCUUUCAGUAAUAACGUAUUGCAGUUCAUCAUCGCUGGCUGUCUCGUGGAGAUGAUCUAUUAGCUUCACAAGCACACACACACACACACACACACACAAUGUUGGUGUCUUCAUUAUUUAUAAGAAAAAGUCGAGAAAAAAAAAAAAAAAAAAAAGCCAAAAUAUUCCGGCGUAUUCUAGUCAAUAACUUAACAAAAAUAACAACAAAAAAGAGAAAAGCAAAGGAGAAAAAAAAAAAAAUAGGUACAAUUUCUUAAUAUUCGUUCCUUUUUUUAAUAUGUUACGAUACUGCACUUUGAAAUGAUGGAACCCCGAGGAAAGCUUGGAAUUGGACAUAGGUGAGAUGUCUGUGCAGGUGAGCCCUCGCCAGCCCUGCGCUGUAUUCCCAUGUGGGAUGAGCAGAGGAUAGAGCUGCAAUGCUGACCUUACCCAGCAACCACACAGCUGGGCUGGCACGGAUGGUUAUCAAAGCCCCACCAUAGCAGGGUUUGGAGCACGGGGUCUUCUUUGGGGGGGAGGGGGGUGGAAUGGAAGCAGAAGGAGCUGGUUGGGGAGGGAAGGAGGUGUGUGCGUUAGCAGAACGCUGGCAGGGAGCGAGGAGGUUUGUUUGGAGCGUGAGGUGGGUUUGAAGAGCGUUUUGUUGUUUUGAUAUAGAAGAUGUGAAGCGAGGGUGGCAAUGUGGCAUUGAGGCUGUUUGGAGGAGACCAGCCUGGCGUUUCCCUGGUUGAGAAAGGGGAGAUUUGAAAGGAGAACUGCCUGAGCUGACGGGGACGCGUGAGUUGGGCAGGAGGAAGGAGCAAGGCUGGCUUUCCCAAGGCCACGAGGGCGGGCGGUGGGCACGGCUGUGCUGCAGGGAGGUGCCAUGGGGGUCCCAUGGGCAUCAGGGUGGGAAGCUGCAGCCGGAGGGGCAGAGAGUUGGGUGGGAUGGAAGCCAACCUGCGGCAAUGCAGACGGAUGCCUUUAAUUUUUUUUUAGCUGUUUUUUAUUCUUUAUGUUGGGUCUUCCGAGUUGGGUUGGUUCAGCUUUUAUUUCAUAGAGCUGCAGAGGUUGGUUCGAUCGGAGUCGCUUCGUUUUCUAUUGAACUAGGCUUCUAAUUAACCGUUCCUCUUUGAUAUUUAUUUCUCUGCUUAGUUAGUUUGGUUUUUUUGGUUGUUUUUUAACUAUUUUGGAUAAUUUUGGUGGUCUUUUUGCUAAGGAGUCUGUGUAGAGCUUUGCUGAUGUGGCGAGUCGUAUCUACCCGAGAAAACACGGACGGAACACACUAGAAGUGCACCCUUUUUACUCCUUACUAGUCAUUGUGAAGUUGCUGUGUCAGUUAAUAAACACAAUUGUAAAUACAUUGUUUGCUGGGCGAAUAAGGCUGAGAUGCAGGAAGGGGUUCUUGAGUCUGCGUUAACGUUGCUGCUCACCAACAGCUGCACAUCCGGGCUCCUCUUGGUUCUAUUCUGCCCUGUAAGAACCCAAUGGGGGGGGGAUAAGGGAACCCUCCUGUCCAUGCACUGGGGGUGUGUAUAACCUCGUGCCCCUGCCCUGGGUCUUUAGCAACUCCGCACAACAAGAACUUGAAAGGCAGAAUGAGAUGCGAAGUGCUUUUAUAACGCAAUAUCAAAGGCGAGGGGUUGGUUUUAAUUCGGUUCCGUUUUCGUUUCGUUUGGGUUCUUGACGUGGCAUGUCUCGAAAUAAACAUCACUGCUAUGUGACAAAGGAUCAUUCUUUCUUUCCAAGAAGCUCUCGAGGGGAAGGAAACCUGGCUGCUUUUCCUGUGUCGUGCUGGUCUGAGCUGUGCAGAAACGAUCCAUCUCUCCUCCUCGGUUCUUUUCCGUUGGCUUUCCUUCUUCCUUUUGGUUCUCACUCAGUCCAUGUUGGCCAUCGUUUCCCCGUUCCCCACUGGCACACUUUGGGUUUCCCUUUGCUUUCCCUCCAUCGGCAUGGCCAGUAGAACCAGGGAACAGCCUUCUUUUGUGCUGACUUUGACGACAGUGAAGGUUUCUGCUCUGUUUCUGUUCUCCUCCCCGCGCUGGUUGUUGUACAGUACAUGACGCAGCUGUCCAUUACUCACUUUUUUUGUCUUGAUAACAAGUAGUUGAAGAAAUUGUAUAAGGGGGGGAAAAAAAAACAACAAAAACAAACAAGGUUCCUUUUCUUCAUGUUGGAAUGUCACUGGUACCUCAGCUCUGUUUGAUAAUAUGAAACAACAAAAGAAUCCGUAGCGCUUGAACUAAAUAAAUACCUGUCUCAUUGGAA